AGUAAUUACAGAAGUGUGUAGUGAAGUUAUCCGCUACAUGUGGGAUGUAGUAGGAGAACAGACUUGCAGCAAAGACUUCAAGUGAGCGAUGAAUUUCUGCGUAGAGAUAAAUCCUGAGAUAAAUCAUAUUUAGAGUGAAGAACCAGGCGUGAUCUUGUGUUUUAGGGGGGAAAAGGAUCUACUCUGUAUGCUGAAGGAAAGCUCACUAAUUUGGUUAAAGUGUCUGAAGCCUGAGGGACAUGCCAGAGAAGUCUCAUCACAGACAUCAUCAGGUUGCAAUGGGUGAAGAAUCUCCUCGCUUGUCCACAGACUCCUCCUUGAGCAGUCAUGACCCUGUCCUGGUGGACUACUGCUCGCUGUCCAUCGAACAUUCUGAUAAUGAGCGGCCAGUGAGCAUCGUGUCCACUGUCUCAUCAGGGUCCUCUGGAGAGGGCCAGAGCAGCCUGUUCAGUGCGUCCCACUGUCCCCAGUCCUUACCCUCCCUAUCGACAGAAACCGACAUCAACCUGGAACUCAGCCCUCCUGAGGAACCUAAUGAACCUCCACUCCCACUGAAGCCUGCAAGCAAGAGACCAAGGCAGGACCCUGCUGCAGGCCAGUUUAACAGCAACGCAAACACUGCUGGAGACAUUACACUGCCACCGAACCGGGACGGACCUUCGUCUGUCGCCACUGUAGUAAUGGCACCUAAUUCUCAACCAACCUACGUGGACCGCGUGGUCAUGGAGAUUAUCGAGACUGAAAGGAUGUAUGUAAUGGACCUAGGAAGUAUUGUGGAGGAUUAUCUGGCUCACAUUAUAGACACCAGAAAUUUACCCAUUAAGCCUGAGCAAGUCUCUUCCCUGUUCGGCAACAUCGAAGUCAUCUAUGAGUUCAACAGCGAGUUACUACAGUCUCUAGAAAUGUGUGACAGUGACCCAGUGGCCAUUGCAUAUUGCUUUGUGCAUAAGAGUGAAUAUUUUGAAAUCUACACUCAGUACUGCACAAACUAUCCCAACUCAGUAGCUACACUUACAGAGUGCAUGAGGAACAAGAUGCUGGCUAAGUUCUUCCGGGAUCGUCAGGCAUCUCUCCAGCAUUCCCUCCCUUUAGGUGCCUACCUGCUGAAGCCUGUGCAGAGGAUUUUGAAAUAUCAUCUCCUAUUACAGGAAAUCGCCAAACAUUUUGACCCUGAGGAGGAGGGCUAUGAUAUAGUGGAAGAGGCUAUAGACACCAUGACAGGAGUGGCCUGGUACAUCAAUGACAUGAAGAGGAAGCAUGAGCAUGCUGUGAGACUUCAGGAGAUUCAGUCCCUCCUCAUCAACUGGAAAGGGCCUGACCUCACUACAUACGGUGAGCUCGUCCUCGAAGGAACCUUCCACGUCCACCGCGCGAAGAACGAAAGAACACUGUUCCUUUUUGACAAAAUGCUCCUCAUCACCAGGAAGAGAGGAGAGCAUUACGUCUACAAGACCCAUAUAAUGUGCUCCACUUUAAUGCUGAUUGAAAGUGCCAAGGACUCUCUUCGCUUCAGCGUGACGCACUACAAGCAUCCUAAACAACCUCACACAGUACAGGCCAAAACUGUGGAGGAGAAAAAACUGUGGGCUCAUCACAUCAAGCGGCUGAUUCUGGAGAACCAUCAUGCCAUCAUUCCGCAGAAAGCCAAGGAUGCUAUUCUGGACAUGAGAUCUGAUUGCCCAGUGAAAUAUCGCUACAGUCCUGAAAGACAAAACAAGGGUGAGGACCUUCUAAUGGCAGGACUGAAAGAACGAAGACGAUCAGAGCCAUUUAACAGAGUUAAGCAGAACAUGCGAACUACAAAAGAAACCCUUAAGCAUGCUGACAGCAUGGGUACACUGCUGUCAGACAGCAGCCAGAGUUCCCUGCAGGCUGCAGCUAGCGCUUCCACCUUGAGUUCCACCGUGGACGAAGCAGAGACCGAGAGGCCCGUCACUGAAGAGAGCACGAGCGGAUGGCUUUCCCUGGACUGGCUGAACGUGAACGGCCUUGAAACCUGUCAGCUAGAAACGCCAUUCCGUAGAGAGACCGAGGAGAAGGUGGAGACGCUAGAGAAGGUGCAGACACGAGGCAGAGAAGACGAAGAUGAAGAGAUUGUGGUGAAAGACGAGCAGGUAGCUGACUUUGCCAGCUCAGUGUUGGCUGCCAUCUCCUGCUGGCGCUAUAAGGCCAGGGCUUUGCUUUUCACACGGGUCGCAACGAAUAGAGAUGGGGAACAGGCUAUGGAGGAGAAUGAAAUAGUGGAACCUAAGAGAAGCCGAUCCCCUUCUGAAGAAGACCAGGAAGAGAAUUCAGCUGAAUGUGAACAGGACUCUUCUGAGGAUCAUCGUUCACAAGUCAUUUCUCUGACUGGACAAGAAGACGAGGAAGGAGAAGAAGCAGGACAGCAGCAGUCUCACAUUAACCCUCAAGACAAAAGCAGAGAGGGUGAAGAGAUUGUGGUGGGAAGCGUACAGUCACUGUCCACAGUCCAAAAUGAGAUACAACUAGAGAACGAGAGCACUCAAUCCAAAGCAAACCUUUUAGAUGUUGAGGACCUGGGAGAGGAAGAAGACGAAGAUGAAGAAGAGGAAGACGUGUCAUCGGGAACUGAACCGAGGAGCAUCUUGCCAGCAUCUGUUCUAGACAAAGCCAGUGUCAUUGCUGAACACUUUACUAAGAGCCACUCUCGGCAAAGCAGUCUGGCAGCUGAUGACAUGUUCUCUGUAGGUUGCACUUCAUCUCAGACAGAUAGUAGGAGAAGUAGCGUGUUCAGCCUCAAUGCUGAGCCGCUGGACAAAGAGAAGACUCAAGAGAUGAACUGUUCCUCCCCUGACCCAGUUACUUUUAAAAUUGUAUCUGAAUCUUUAGCUUUAGCCACACCAGGUACUCACCUGGUCACACCAGACCAAAGGCCACAAACAAAACCAGAUACUCUCUCCAAAAAGGACAGAAUGCUCAUCCAUAAAAUCAAGCAAUACUAUGAGCAUGCUGAGCAACAGGAUGAAAAUUUCAGCAUCAAACGCAGGGAAAGCCUCUCUUACAUUCCUCCAGGGCUAGUCCGCAAUCUCAGCCAACAGAUCAACAGCAUUCCCGCUGAAGAAGAUGCGGCAAAUCAUAGGAAGGCCUCAAAAAUAACAAGGCCAACUUCUUGGGCAGUUUUUGAUCUUCCAGGUCUGGAGAAAGAGAAGAAUUCUGAAGAGGCCAUGGACACAGAGACUCUGUCUAUUAUAGACAGAGAAGAAGCUAUGGUUACACCUGAUGUAGUUGCUCAGGCAACUGAUAAAGAUGAGGAUUUCCAAUCCUCCUCUGAGAUGGUGAGGGUUUGGCAAGACAUGGAGGUUGAAAUCAGUGGUGCUUCUGAGGAGCCUCAGGAAGCUUUUGAAGAUAACAUGAAUGGCACAGUUACCAACCCUACCCAGAAUCAAAAGGGACAGGAGAGCUCUUAUAUGGACCACGGUGAACAUCUGGUAAUAUUAGAGGAAUUUGACAACAGCAAGGCUGGAAAUGGGACAUCAACACCUUCACCAGUGGGGAGCAGCUUAUACAGUGAUCAGAAGCUCCAAGAGAUACAGAAGAUCAAACAUGUUCCUAAACCCAAGAUUGUCUCCCUGAGGUCAAGUUCAGAAGAAGACCUAACGUUGCAAGAUAUGGAUAAGAUGAAGAACAAAGUGUUCCAUCUAGCUAGGCAAUAUAGCCAGCGUAUUAAGAACAACAGGCCUGCAGUGAGACAGAGAGCAAAAGUGUCAGAGAGCAACGUCGGCCACAGAACGCUGUCUUCUGUGGUGGAAGACAAAAGUCCAGAGAAUGAGAUGGGUAUGCAGAGCCUGACUCUAUCACUUGGUUCAUGUGAGCACACAGACUCCAGUUCAUCAUUGAGCUCCUGCUCCCUGGGCAGUCCUCAACUUCAGUCUACUUUCAGACCACAAGCUCUGGAACUACAAAGUCCAGUCUACACUGAAAGCUUUAAUUGGCCAGAUGUGAGAGAGCUGCGUUCCAAAUACUCACGACCAAAUCCUCAGUUAGUCUCAAUUAAUCGCAGUUGCUCAGUCCCAGAGCAAAUACUUGAGGUUGGACGAAAUAAUCCCACGGCCCGGCGAACCUGCUCCUGCUCCUGUUCCAGCCCAGUUUGUGACCGUAUGGACCCCCACACAACAUCAGUUAAAGACACUGCCACUACCCACUCCACAGACAAGGGACCUGCAGGACAGGGUGUGGUUAAAAUGUGCAAAAGCAGUUCUUUGGACCACAUGAUGGGGCCGCUUCAUUUAAAACAGCAAACAAACCAUACAGACAUCUCAAGGAACUAUUACAUAUCUGGCCAGGCCACCCUUCCCAAUGAAAACAAGAUCAUUGUAGUGGAAAGGUUUAUUAAGACAGAAAAUAAUGGUCUGGCAACAGGUGAAGAGAAGAAAGAACAGCUCUAUGAAGACCAACUAAAGUGUCUGGACAGUGAUGAAACAUGUAGACUGAGGUCGUUUGAAAAAACAGAGAACAGCCAACACGGUUUAGUCAAAAACCUGCGGGAGAAGUUCCAAAACCUUAGUUCAUGCACGUAAAUGUUCUUGAAAGCUGCUUUCAGACUACCCACUAUUGUAUAUUAAUGCACACAGAGGCCCAGUGUUUUUUUCUUACAAAGAUGUCUAAGCAUAAAGUCUUUUGACAUUGUGGCAAUAUGCCAUACAUGCUCAUUAUAUAGAUUGUAUGUUGUUAUGAACGGAGUGCUCAGGCCUUUAAAUGAGCACAUUUAUAUGAUUUUGCUGUAUUAAUUGAAUUCAGUGGUAAAAAAAGAACAUUUAUAAACUCAGACCUCACCUGAUAUAUUUAUGAAAUUUGACAUUUUGAUGUGUAAUUAGUGUAUAUUUGCAGUUUUGCAAGUUUGU